GCCGGCAGCCCCCACCCGAGCCAGGCCACAGCACCCAGGGCCACAGCACCCAGGGCCACAGCACCCAGGGCCGCAGCACCUGCUCUUUCUGUCCUCAGUGCCAUGGGGCUCAGCGACGCGGAAUGGCAGCUGGUGCUGAACAUCUGGGGGAAGGUGGAGACCGACCUCGCCGGCCACGGGCAGCAAGUCCUCAUCAGUCUCUUUAAGGGGCACCCUGAGACCCUGGACAAGUUUGACAAGUUCAAGCACCUGAAGUCGGAGGACGAGAUGAAGGCCUCGGAGGACCUCAAGAAGCACGGCACCACGGUGCUCACGGCGCUGGGCGGCAUCCUCAAGAAGAAGGGGCAGCACGAGGCCGAGAUCAAGCCCCUGGCCCAGUCGCACGCCACCAAGCACAAGAUCCCCGUCAAGUACCUGGAGUUCAUCUCGGAAGCCAUCAUCGAGGUCCUGAAGAGCAAGCACUCCGGGGACUUCAACGAGGCGGCCCAGGGCGCCAUGCGCAAGGCGCUGGAGCUGUUCCGGAACGACAUCGCGGCCAAGUACAAGGAGCUGGGGUUCCAGGGCUGAGCCCCGAGGCGGCCUGGGCCCC